CGGUUUGUUUCGUCUUCACGGAAGUGGUUUUUUGUCUCAUUUGGAGUUAAUGUGAUAUGUGAAUGUUAGGGAUUUUGGAAUGACAACAAUGUCCGUAAAAGUAUAGUUGAUCCUGAAAAUUGUGUAUAGAAUGUGGCAUUCUGUGGUACACAUGGUGAUUGAUUUGCUGGUUUUUUAAUAGCUUGUCUGGAUACUUCAUUUAGACACAAUGGAUUAAUGCACAAGAUAUGAACUUUCUUUGAAUCUUUUUUCUCUAGACAUAAAACUAUCUAACCAAUGAGGGAAAGACAUAAGUCCAUGAUACCCAUUGAGAUGAUUUUUUCUGUUUGGCAGUAAGUAAGAGACAAAACCCAAUAACGGUUAAACCCCAUUGAGAUGAUUUUUCCCAUUCGUUAUUGAUGAUGAUGUGGAGUUUAGUAAUUACAUUGGGUCCCUAAAUAAAUCUCUGCUUGUAUAUUCUACUGAUUGUGUUUGAUUGUGCUCUAAAAAUGUUUGUGUGAGUGAUUGUGUUCUAAAAAUGUUUGUUUUGUAUUUCAUUAGGAGGGAAUUUUAUAGUCUCUCAUCACCUCAGUUAUUUUGCACUUGUAAAGAUAUCAAAUGGCUGACUUUGAGCAUGAAACUUCCCAUCUUGCACAUGUGAUGCGUGAUAUGGAAAAAGAUUUUGAGUUUGUAAUAGGGAUGGUUUUCUCAAAUGAACUUGAAGCAUAUCAUAAGUAUGUGGCUUAUGCAAUCGGCAAAGGAUUUGGAGUGAGAAAGGGUAAUACUGUUAAAAAUAGAAAAGGGGAAAUAACCCGGCGUACUUUUUUGUGUAAUUGUGAGGGGCAUUCAGUUGGGUCAUUUGAUCAAGAAAAGAAAUAUGAGAGAUUUGAAGUUAGAUGUGGGUGUCUUGCUCAUAUCAAAUUUAAGGUUGAUGAUGGUGUCUAUGAAGUUAUGGACUAUGUUUCUGAGCAUAAUCAUGCAUUUGUACCGGAAGAUCAAAAGCAUUUGAUUAGAUGUGGAAGAAUGAUAUCUGACACGUGCAAGGGUGUUUUGGUUGACAUGAUUAAAGCGGGCAUUGGGGGGACUUCAGCAUAUAAGUUUUUAGCAAACGAAGCCGGAGGAAGCAAAAACUUAGGUUUGAUCCUGCGUGAUUGUCAAAAUUUUUUGCAAACAGAAAGAUCCAAGUUUAUUAGUGGCGGAGAUUGUCAAAGUCUUUUGAACCAUUUUCAUUGCAUGCAAAUGCACAACCCAAUGUUUUUCUAUGCUAUUCAAGUAGAUCAGGAUGGUAGAUUGACCAAUUUAUUUUGGAGAGAUAGUUUAUCCAAAUUUGAUUACGACUGUUUUGGUGAUGUGCCAGUGUUUGAUACCACAUACCGUACCAACAAAUAUAACAUGAUAUGUGCACCUUUUGUUGGGGUUAAUCACCAUUGGAAGAAUACUCUGUUUGGUUGUGCAUUUUUGUUGGACGAGACUGCAGAAUCAUUUAUUUGGUUAUUUGAGGUGUUUUUGAAGUCUAUGGGAAAUAAGGCUCCGAAAACCAUAUUCACUGAUCAAGACCAAGCCAUGGCAAAAGCCAUUAGAAUGGUGUUUCCGAAUACACAUCACCGUUUAUGCACGUGGCACAUUGGGAAAAAUGCCAAUCAAAACAUUCCGCAUCUUUACCAUAAGCCGGGUUUUAAGGAUAAAUAUUUCUUAGCACUUAUAUAUAGAUGCAAAUCAGAGGAUGAAUUUGAAGCUACAUGGAGGGAAAUGGAAGAGGUGUGGGGUACUUAUAUUUAUUACUUUGUAAUGUAG